CAAGUCAUCCGUUGUGGGGCACGUGGUGACCGUUAAAUUUCGCGGGUGGCGGGGUAAGGCGGGGCUGGAUGGGGAAGGUCAUCGCAGAUUUCAACGACGGGAGGCCGGACUCUGUCCGAUACAGGACCUGUCACCGAUGUUAAAGGGAUGCUGAUGGAAUCUAUUUGAUUGUCUCAUCGCAUUGACUCUUUCACGUCGUCACUUCUCUGCCCAAAAUUUCUUCUCCAAGCGUGGCACCAGAUCAACCCCAACAAAAUCUAGACAGCAAAAUGGCGGCGAUACAGCACCCGGAGAGCAGGGUGCUGAUUAUUAUGACCGGAGGCACGAUAUGUAUGAAGGAGAGUCCGCAGGGUUUAGUUCCUGCGACGGGGUUUAUGGAUGAGGCGAUGAGGCCAAGGCCGAGCUUUAAUGAUGGGAGCAUAUGCGAACCACUACCAGUAAUCAUCAAUGACAAAACCACCGAGUACCGCCCAUCCCUCCGAACCCCAAUCUCCAAGUACUCCCGCCACGUCCGCUACGCCCUCUACGAAUUCCCCGUCCUUCUCGACUCCUCCUCCAUCUCCUCCGCCGGCUGGUCCCAAAUCGCCUCCUGCAUCCAAAGCAACUACGCCCUCUACGACGGCUUCGUAAUCCUCCACGGCACAGACAGUCUCGCCUACACCGCUUCAGCACUCUCAUUCAUGAUCUCCGCCCUCGGCAAACCCGUCAUCCUAACAGGCUCCCAAGCCUCAAUCUUCGCUCUCCAAUCCGACGCCGUCGAUAACCUCCUCGGCGCCCUCAUCAUAGCAGGUACCUUCCUCAUUCCAGAAGUCUGCCUCUUCUUCCAUCGCACCCUCUACCGCGGUAACCGCACUACUAAGAUCUCCGCCACUGCUUUCGAUGCCUUCGGCUCCCCGAACUGCGAGGCUCUCGCCCGCGUCACUGGUAUUGGAAUCGAUGUGAACUGGGCGCUCAUCCACCGCGCCACUGCUCUAAAGCGCUUCAACGUUCAAUUCGCCCUCGACACCGCUCACGUGGCCUGUCUGCGCAUCUUCCCUGGUAUCACCCCUGCGCUGCUUGACUCCGUUCUCAAAGUCCCAGGUCUGCACGGCUUGAUCCUCGAGACAUUCGGUGCAGGCAACGCACCCUCGGGACCAGAUGGCGCGUUCAUCGACGUCAUCAAGGCAGCUAUUGGGCGUGGUAUCGUUAUCGUCAGCGUCUCGCAGUGCCGCUCUGGUACCGUUUCGCCUCUAUACGAACCCGCCACCAUCCUAGGUAAUGCCGGUGUCGUCUUCGGACACGACUUGACCACCGAGGCUGCGCUGACGAAGCUCUUCUUCCUCCUCGCGCUGCCUGGUCUUUCAUACGACGAGAUCGUGCGCCAGAUGUCCAUCCCGCUGCGUGGUGAGAUGACGGCACUCCCAUCCAAGCACCAGUUCGCACAUCUCCCACUCCUUGAUCUUGGUGCGUCCCUGUCGACUGAGCAGGUCAGGUUCACGGAGUUGGGAUACGCGAUUGCGGCGGGAGAGUUGGAUAAGAUCAAGUCGAUGCUAGAUUCAGAGUCGCAUGUAUUGCUGCUUGCGAGGGAUUAUGCAGAGAAUACUGCGCUGCAUCUUGCAGCUGUCAGUGGAGAAGUUGAAGUUGUGAGAGAGCUGUUGAGAAGGGGUGCUAGCGUGCAUGAGAGGAAUGCGGCGGGGAAUACUCCUCUUGGGUUGGCAGACAAGGCGGGUAGGUUGCAGAAUGCGGCAUUGUUGAAGGAAGCUGGGGCGUUGCUCCAUAUUGAGGAGAAGGAGAGGGCGGAGUUAGAUGGUGAGGUUUAGAUCGCAAAGGGGAUUCUAGAAUUGCCGUCUUCAGACAAAUAGUAUCAUAAUAACACAUAGAGUAGGGUUGGAUCAGG